GGUCCUGCUCAACGGUUUUUGCUCUUUCGUCCCCAAUCCGGUCUCCGGGAGUCUCCGAGGCUCCCGGGAUCCGGCGUCUUCUUCACCGAAGCCCGGCUUUUCCUCUCCUCUGGAUCUGCGAGGCCGGCGGCUUACUGAGCGGAUACUGUAUCCCUAAACAAACCUCACCAGUAUGGCAGCGGGAGAUUAUGAUGAUCUACUCAAGUACUAUGAAUUAUAUGAAACUAUUGGGACAGGAGGCUUUGCCAAGGUUAAGCUUGCUCGCCAUGUUCUAACUGGAGAAAAGGUAGCAGUAAAAAUCCUGGACAAGCUUGCUCUUGGGAGUGAUUUGCCUCGUAUAAAAAUAGAGAUAGAGGCCAUGAAGAAUCUAAGUCAUCAGCAUAUCUGCCGCCUUUAUCACGUGCUGGAGUCAUCGAAAAAAAUAUUCAUGGUUAUGGAGUACUGCCCUGGAGGAGAAUUGCUAGACUACAUAGUUUCAAAGGCUCGUUUAUCGGAAGCAGAAACACGUGUAUUUUUUCGCCAGAUUUUAUCAGCAGUCGCUUAUGUGCACAGUAAGGGCUAUGCUCAUCGGGACCUUAAACCAGAAAACUUGCUGAUUGAUGAAGAUCAUAACUUGAAGCUGAUUGACUUUGGUCUUUGUGCAAAACCCAAAAGUGACAAGGAUUGCCAUCUCCAUACCUGUUGUGGGAGCCCAGCUUAUGCAGCACCUGAAUUAAUUCAAGGCAAAUCUUAUCUUGGAUCAGAGGCUGAUGUUUGGAGCAUGGGAAUACUCUUAUAUGCCCUAUUGUGUGGAUUUCUGCCAUUUGAUGAUGACAAUGUCAUGGUUUUAUACAAGAAGAUAACCAAAGGGAAAUACGUGGUUCCUAAAUGGCUGUCUAUUGGCAGCACUUUGCUUCUCCAGCAAAUGCUGCAGGUGGACCCAAAGAAGAGGAUUUCAGUGAAACAUCUGCUGAACCACCCUUGGAUCGUGCAAAGUUACCUGUGUCCUGUGGACUGGCAAAGUAAAUAUGAAAUUGGAAAACUUGAUGAAGACUGUGUUAUUGAACUUUCAGUUUAUUUUAAACGCAACAAGCAGACAAUGGAGAAACUGAUUUCAAUGUGGAAAUAUGAUCAACUUUCAGCUACAUACCUCCUACUUCUAGCUAAGAAGGAUCAGGGUAAACCGAUACGUCUAAGAUUGCCAUCUGCAUUCCAUGAACAAACAAGUUUGACUCCAUUCAGUGAAUUUAAGAAGCUUAGUCUGGAAGAAGCAGGGGACGGUGCUGGUUCUUUUGAACUAGGCUCUAUAAAAUGUCCUGGAAAAGAUGAAUUGACUGAAGACAGUCCAUCAGCAGAGAUAGGGCCAAAUAUCUCCCCCAAAACUGAGCUGGCAAAACAUCAGACGGAAUCGCUUGGUGCGGAGUCUAAACCAUUAACUCCAGUCAUUCGCAGAGCAGCCAUAAAGAAAUCAGAGAACAAAGAGAAUUUAUGCACUCCUAUGUCUGGUGUAAAGGAUGAAGAGUACUUCAUGCUCCCUGCUCCAAAGACUCCAGUUACUAAGAAAUUGAAUGAGAAAGGAAUACUAACCACACCGAACAGUCGCACUGUUCCUUCCAAAGAGAAAGAUCAGCCCCCUAAAGAAACAACAGUGAAAACCUCUACAGACUCUGAUAUUUCAACUGAUUUGGUAGGAGCUGUCAUUAGUCCUGAAAGAAGGUGCCACUCAGUAGAAUUGGCUCUCAACCAAGCCCAUAUGGAGAGUGCUCAGAAGAAAAAAGGAAUGGGAGUAUUUGGAAGUCUUGAAAGAGGCUUGGAUAAAGUGAUUACAAUGUUUACACCAAGUAAAAGGAAGGGCUCUGCCGGAGAUGGACCAAGAAGACUGAGGGCCCAUUAUAAUGUGACCACAACCAAAUUAGUGAAUCCAGACGUACUCUUGAAUGAAAUCAUUUCUGUCCUUCCAAAGAAACAUGUUGAAUAUGUGCAGAAAGGCUAUACCCUGAAAUGCCAAACACAGUCAGAUUUUGGCAAAGUAACAAUGCAGUUUGAGCUAGAAGUAUGCCAGCUUAGCAAACCCGAUGUCGUGGGUAUUAGGAGACAGCGGCUUAAGGGCGAUGCUUGGGUCUACAAAAGAUUAGUGGAAGACAUCCUAUCUAGCUGCAAGGUGUAAUUAGAUCUCCUACAGGAUCUGUGCCUCAGCAGAGGCAGGAAGGCAGGAGUUGAUUUGUUUUAUUUUUAAAGUUCAUUAUAAUUUAAAAACUAAUUUAAAAACUAUCUUAAGGACCACAUAUUUGUUUAAGCAGAAGGCAUUACUUUGUGAAUACAUCCAAGACAAACCCAUCUGUCAUCUGUCUGUCAUUUUAAUUGUACAUCUUUGUAUAUUCAUAACUAGUCAUGUCUGGGGGCUCUCUUCCUCAUCUGAAACUUCUGCCUGCAAAUGUGUAAUUUUCUGAAAUAAAACAAUUGUCAAUAUA